GUCUUUGCUCUGCGUCAACACAUACUAUUACUACCAAGAUAGCGAGAGAAGUGGAAGCAUUGCAAUCCCAACAUCCUCCCUGAUCUACACACACACACACACACUCAGUAGAGAUGGAACCGACAAGCAUGAAAGAGGACCUGAAGCUCUAUCAGAGCACCCUGCUCCAAGAUGGUCUGAAAGACCUUUUGAACGAGAACAAGUUUGUUGACUGCAUUUUAAAAGUAGGGGACAGAAGUUUGCCAUGUCACAAACUCAUCAUGGCAGCAUGUAGCCCUUACUUUAGAGAAAUUUACUUCUCUGAAGAUGGCAAAGAGAAGAGCAACACAGGCAAGGAGGUAGUUCUGGAAAAUGUGGAUCCAUCAAUAAUGGACAUGAUCGUGAAUUAUCUCUAUUCUGCAGAAAUAGAUAUUACAGAUGAGAACGUGCAAGAUGUUCUCACGGUAGCCAACCGUUUUCAGAUUCCAUCUGUGUUCACGGUGUGUGUAAACUUCCUGCAGAAGCAACUCUCUCUAGGAAACUGUCUGGCAAUCUUCCGACUGGGGCUCUUGUUAAAUUGUCCAAGGCUGGCCAUGGCAGCAAGAGACUACAUUGCUGAACGAUUCGAGAUUCUUUACAAUGAGCAAGAUUUUCUCGAGUUCAACCCUCCUGAACUGUUUGCCAUCAUAGGAAGUGAUUCCCUCCACGUGGAGAAAGAGGAAUUGGUGUUUGAGCUGCUAAUGAAGUGGAUCAGGAAGGACAAAGAGAACCGUGCAAAGCAUUUAGGUGAUGCCUUUGAGCAUAUUCGUUUCCGACUGCUCCCAGAAAAAUAUUUCAAUGAAAAGGUAGAAAAGGAUGAUAUUAUCAAAGCUGAUCCUGAGCUUGUGAAGAAGCUUAAGGUCAUCAAAGAUGCCUUUGCUGGAAAACUUCCAGGAAAGAUAGAAGGAAAAGAGGACGAAGAGAGCACAAUGCCUGGAUAUCUGAACGACACCCGAAGGCUUGGCAUGUACACCAAGAACCUUAUCGUUAUGAUUAAUGACACAGCGGCCGUGGCUUAUGAUCCUAUUGAGAAUGAAUGCUCACUGGCGGCAAUGGCUGAGCAGAUACCUCGAAAUCAUGGCAGCAUUGUAACAAAGAGGAAUCAACUUUUUGUUGUAGGUGGAUUGUUUGUGGAUGAGGAAAAUAAAGACUCACCGUUACAGUGCUACUGUUUUCAGCUGGAUCCCAUUAGUGCGGACUGGAUUGCUAUACCUCCAUUACCUUCUCCCCGAUGUCUCUUUGCUCUUGGAGAAUUUGAGAAUCUCAUAUUUGCUGUUGCUGGCAAAGAUUUACAGACCAAUGAGUCUCUUGACUCAGUAAUGUGUUAUGAUACUAACAAGAUGAAAUGGAGCGAAACAAAAAAGCUUCCCCUGAAGCUACACGGGCACUGUGUGAUCUCAGAAAAUGGCCUGGUGUACUGUAUAGGAGGAAAGACAGAUGACAACAAAACCAUCAGCAAAAUGUUUGCAUAUAAUCAUAAGAAGUCUGAAUGGAAGGAGCUAGCUGCAAUGAAAACACCACGGUCCAUGUUUGGGGCAGUUGUCCAUAAAGGAAAAAUCAUUGUGGUUGGAGGAGUCAACGAGAACAAUCUCUUAGCAUCAUGUGAAGCCUAUGACUUUGGAACCAACAAGUGGGAAUCCUUCCCUGAGUUUGCACAGGAGAGGAGCUCAGUAAAUGUUGUAAGUAUUGAUGGCGAGCUUUUUUCAGUCGGGGGAUUUACCAUGGUAGAGCAAGAUAAAGAAUGUGUUCCGUCAGAGAUCAUAGACAUUUGGCAGUAUGAAGAGGACAAGAAGCAGUGGUCUGGAAUUUUGAGAGAGAUGCGUUAUGCAGCUGGUGCUUCCUGCGUUUCCAUGCGACUAAAUGCUGUGAAAAUGCCCAAACUGUAAAAAUGGCCCAUUCUCUGUCAAGGAACAGUUUAUUUUUAGUCUAAUGAUUCCAGAUAUAAUUUAAUAGUGCAUUAAAACAACAGUUUGAGAAUUUUGGAUUUUCACAAAGCUGUUGAAGAUAUUCUUAUACACAAAUGAUGUUUUUGUUUUUAAAGUUUGAGCUCAAAAUCAUGUAUUUGUUCAAGAUUGCAAAAUGAAAUUUUACAUUCAAUAAAUUACAGCAAAAAUAUACAGAUAUUAAAAAAACACAUGAGGCAUAA